AUGACUCAGACCCUACUGCUAGUGGUGCAACAGUAUGAAUGUUGCAGGAGUCUGGUGGUUUUUAACAGACAAGUGAAAUAUCAAAGCUGGUACCUCCAAUAUCUUAGGGCUAGCCUAGAUGAGCCCCAGGGGGUCCAGCGUCCAUAUUUGGGAGCGUCUGGUGCCCAUAGUCCACCAGACGAUUUUUCUGGAGCAUAUAUGAUCAUUGCCUUGAGACAGUUUCAAGAAAAGGCUAUUGAACAAAGGAUGGCUUUGUGCAUCGUCUUCAUAGACUUCACAAAGGCCUUUGAUUCUUUGGGUAGGGACGCCUUAUGGCGUAUUAUGAUGAAAUAUGGAUGUCCACCAAGGUUACUGGCUGUCAUCAAGGCUUUCCACACAGACAUGCGAGCCACGGUAAACGUAAAUGGUGAGACCUCCGACUUCGUCCAAGUGCUUCACGGUGUCAAACAGAAAUGCAUACUGGCUCCCACACUGUUUGCACUGUUUCUAGCUGCUGUCAUUGAAGAAAUGGCAGACAACUCAUUGGGCGGAAUUAUACAUUCGUACUCGCCGGCUCCUGGACAGCCGCAUGCCCCACCAAGGGUCCUGUUGGGUGGAAUACCACUUGUCGAAGCUAAAAACUUCACGUACCUGGGAUCUUCAGUGGCAAACGAUAAUUCCAUGGACAGUGAGAUCGACGCACGGGUGAGGGCCGCUGCGGCUGCUUUUGGACGCUUCAAGGACCGCCUGUGGAAGGUGAAAGCGAUACGACUGAAUACUAAACUAAUUGUAUACAAGGUUGUAGUGCUGAGAGCUCUUCUGUAUGGACUAGAGGUGUCAACCCUAUAUGCCCGGCAUGUCCGACGGCUGUCUCUUCUGGUCCAACGCUAUCUCCGUGGACUUAUGGGUAUCACCUGGAAAGACCAUAUCACCAAUGUUGAAGUCCUGAGACGGGCGAACAUCUCGUCAAUGGAAGCCAUGAUUGCUCGCUCACAACUCACAUGGACUGGACACGUCAUCAGAAUGUCCGAAGAACGACUACCGCGAGCUCUGUUGUUUGCUGAACUGAAAGAUGGGACAAGGCCCCGCGGCAGACCGCGACUGCGUUUUAAAGAUACUGUAAAACGUUGUCUGACAGCCGGUAUCACCUACCAGCAGCUGGAGAAGCUGGCGAGCGACCGGGCCGGAUGGCGCUCAUUAGUGAGUGAAGGAACCAAAAACGGUCACCAGAGGCUGGGUAAACCAAGAAAACGACCGGAGGCGUAG